AUGGCCCCUCCCACCACCAAAAAAACUAACCUAAACAUCGCCAUAAUCGGCAGCGGCAUCUCCGGCCUCCUCGCCGCGCGCAUCCUCCGCGCCCAACACACGGUCACCAUCUACGAGCGCACCGCCCAUCCCAUCGAAACUGGCGCCGCCAUCAACAUCGGCCCCAACGGCAUCGCCAUCCUGGACAGCGUGGGCUUCGACCGCCGCCGCGCCCGCGCCAUCCCCGUCGCCCGCACGCUCGCCUACAACAAAGCCGGGGAGAUGACGGCCGACACAAUGAUCGACUAUCGGGCGGAGUUUGGGGCGGAUUGGCUGUUUUUCCAUCGGGCGGAUCUGCGGGAUGAGUUGUUGAGGUUGGCGACGAUGGAGGGAGACGUGGAUGGGGAUGGGGAUGGGGUGGCGGCGAGGGUGCGGUGGGGGGCCAGGGUCAUGGAUGUGCAGGUAGGAGGUGGUGAAGGUGAGGAUAGGCAGGCGGAGGUGGUGUUGGAGGGUGGGGAGGUUGUAAAGGCCGAUUUGGUUAUUGCAGCAGACGGCAUCAAAUCGACCCUCCGGCCUCGCAUCCUCCCUUCUACCCCGGAGAUCUCCCCUAUCCCCGCUGGAUCCGCCGUCUUCCGGUUCACCCUCACCCGCAGCCAGGCCUACGAGGCGUUGGGCUACAUGCCCGAGAACCUGGACCCUGCGCAGCCGGGCUGCAUCACGACGGUCUUCGCCUUUGACGACUCCGAGCGGCGCGUCGUGAUCUACCCGUGCAGGGACUUCGAGGUUCUCAAUUUCGCGGUGAUCGUGCCGGAUAGCAUGCUGUGGGCGUCGACGGCCGCUCAAAUUACCACUGCGGGUGAUGUGUGGUCCGCCCCAGCUGAGAAGGAGGAGCUGUUGGCGCAUUUUGAGGAUUUUCCCGAGUGGGUGAGAUGCUAUUUUCGAGCGGCACCCCCAACCCUUCGGGUCUGGAACCUCCACCGCACUCCGCCGCUCCCCAGCUACAUCAACGGCCGUGCCGUGCUCAUCGGCGACGCUGCCCACGCCAUGACCCCCCACCAGGGGCAGGGCGGAACCCAGGCCAUCGAGGACGCAGAGGGGUUCCGGCUGUUUCUAGGGGACUCUGUAACUGCUGAAGCGGUGCCGGGAUUGCUGCGGGAGUUUGAUCGGGUGCGGCGGCCGCGCGCGACGAAGAUCCAGAUGAAUAAUAUCGAGGCGAGGGCGAGAAGGUCGGUGCAGGAGAUCCAUCGGUUUCGCAGGUUCAAUUGGACGUAUCCUGGGAUCGUGGAGAGUGUGAGGCUGUUGGAUGGGGAGGAGGACAGGGGGAAGGGCGAGGAUGCUGCUGCUGCUGCUGCUGGGGGAGAUAUGGGUGAGAAGGGCGAGUGUAAACUUUGA